GACGGUGCGUAGGUGGCUGAUACAAGUUCUACUAUACAAGAGAUAAACUUUAUGAAAACUCAGUUUCCAUUCAUCUCUUAUUGCCACGUUGCAGCAUCUACGCACCAAAGCUAUCCAUGGACCUGCUCGUUCCCUGCAGUUCUUGCACUUGUCUCUACCGUCAGCCGUCGCUUCACCGGCAGCUUACAUCUCUGAAGACUAUCACUCGUAGCUUCAACUCCCUAAAAUGCCGCCGCAUAAGAGCGUCGUCGGAGAUCCAAAGUCCGGUUGUCGUGGCCAGUAAUUCUGGCAACUAUUCUUCCUUUAUUCCGACUCACAAAGUUACCGUUCACGACAGACAACGCGGUGUCGUUCACGAGUUCGUUGUCCCCGAGGACCAAUACAUAUUGCACACAGCGGAAGCUCAAAAUAUUUCUCUACCUUUUGCUUGCAGGCACGGUUGUUGUACUAGUUGUGCUGUACGUAUAAAAUCUGGGCAAAUUAGACAGCCUGAAGCACUAGGGAUAUCUGCUGAACUGAAAUCAAAGGGGUAUGCACUUCUCUGUGUAGGCUUCCCCUCCUCUGAUGUUGAAGUAGAAACACAGGAUGAGGAUGAGGUAUAUUGGCUUCAAUUUGGAAGAUAUUUUGCUCGGGGACCAAUUGAAAGGGAUGACUAUGCGUUAGAGCUAGCUAUCGCCGAUGAAUGAGCCAUAUAAAAUUCCAAAUAGAUGUGAGGAAUCUACUGAGAAAAGCUUGCAGAUUCUCUUUUUUGCCAUGCUGCUCUUUUUGGUUAUUUGAGCUUAGAAUUCGUAUUCUUUGUUUUAGCCUUCCUAUGUGUAAUAUAUGACAUGAUAAGCAUCCCUAAUCAUGUAUGUUUGGUUCAUUUGUGUGAAUGUGGCUGAGAAAUAUAUGUGACUGACAUUAUUUAUCAUGCAAGCCUAUCAGUGAUAUUGUUAUUAUCAGGAAUUUUGAAUAUAUAAUUUUCUUUUCUGUGCCUUGUA